AGCAUCUAGAGAAGACCAGUGUGAACCAUUUUCACAAUGGGCAAGCUGACGGUCGAGGCUAACGGAAAGACAGGCCCAGAGGACCCGCCUCCCUAUCCUUUGGAGCCACUCCCAACUAAGCCUGGUCUCCAGACUAACAUGGUGGUACCAGAGGCGGUGCCUGGGCACCCACCGAACAUCAUCACCCGUCUUUGGGACUAUCCGUUCUGCAUUUUCCCGCUGUUGGAAUGUUGGAAUGAACGGAAUAUCGCCCUGGUUACCGUCUGUGUGGUGCUGGUGGUGGCGCUGGUCAUCCUCGGGGUCAAGCUGGCCAUGAAACAUAUGAUGGCUGGGAAACAUGGCUGUAGGGACCGUGGAGAGGAAGGGCGCAUGAGUGUAGAACUGUAA